AUGUUUUUUUUGGAAUUGUUUUUACUGAUUCAGAUCCUUCAAUGAUCAGAUUGAUCAAGGAUAUUAAUCCUAAUUCUCAACAUUUGUUAUGCAUUUUUCAUAUAGAUUUGAAUCUACAGAAAAAACUUAAAAGAAAACUAGGCAACCAAUUUGAAGAAUUUUGUUGCAAAUUUUAUAUUUGUCAGAAUUCUUUUUGUGAGGAGUUAUUUGAAUAUAGAUGGAACAAAUUAAUUAAACAAUAUCUAGCAGCAGCAAAAUAUUUAUCAGAUACUCUUUAUAUUACUAAACAUUUGUGGGCAAUACCCUGGAUUCGUAGGUGGUUUACAGCUGGUGUACAAAGAACAUUUGAAAAGUUUGAAGCUGGACAAAAUUCUUUAUCUACAGUCAGUAUGCCAAUGCUAAAUGAAAGAUUCUUUGAUCAAGUAGAUGAUAUCAUUAAAAGCUUUUUAACUUCUGUAAUACUUGAAAAACAAAGAUCUCAAAUGAAUCAAUCUGUAUGCUAUGAUAUUACUCAAGUUACAAAGUGGCAUCAUUUGAUAGAAUCAGAAGGUGAUAACAAAGAAAUAAGUAUUGGAAUUAGAAAACAAGAGCAGGAUACACGACAGAUUCUUUUUAGCUCUCUAGUUAAAAAUAUACCUCAAGAAAUAAUCUUAAAACAUUUUUUAUCUAUUCGAACUAAUUCACAUAGUUCUCAUUUAACUAUAAAAUCAACUAAAGCUGUAUAUGCAGAAUUAGCUAAAUUAUCAAAGAAGGCUAUCGAUUGUGUUAUUAAGGCAGAUAUGCAAUAUGAAUUAUCAAAUAUUUUUAAAUCCUUUAUUUAUGACAUCCAGAAUAAGGUGAACAAACUAGUUUUAGAAAAUUUAACUGAUGUUAAUAAUUCUAUUGUUAUUAAACAUAAAGAACAGCCUUCAAAAAGAUUAAAAGUAAAUGUUGAAAAAAGUUUAUAUAAGGGAAAGGAAGUUCUGUUAGAUAGUACAUAUAUUAAUUUAAUUGAAGAUGAUACUUCAAAUAGUGUAGAAAACUUAAGUAAUACAAAAGGUCAAAAAUAUGAAAAUACAUAG